CCCAGGAGAUAAUCGACCGAAGUAAAACAAGAACCAACACAAUGUCCGGUCCAAACGGAGCCCAAACUCGGAAACUGGUAGAUCCCCCGGAAGGAGACUGGGGAUGGAUUAUCGUCUUCUAUCUUUUUGUGAUAAAUGUGUUGACCAUGGGAAUACUGAAAUCAUUUGGCAUCUUAUCUGUAGCACUACAGGAAACAUUCGAGGCAUCUAUGGAACAGAUCAGCUGGAUUGGAUCUAUUAUGUCAUGCGUACGAUUAACUGCAGGUCCCAUUGCUGCUAUAUUCUGUGUAAAGAUCGGCGAGAAGCAGACCGGAAUUCUGGGAGGAGCCAUGGUCUCAACUGGAUUGUUCUUAAGCUCCUACAUUGAACAAAUUGCCUUUCUGUAUGUCACCCUUGGCUUAUUGGCAGGAUGCGGUUUUGCUCUCCUGUCCCAGGCUGCGGCUCUUAAUACAACCAGAUACUUCCGUAGAAAGCUCAGCACCGCCUGCGCCAUUUCCCGCUCAGGGACAGGGCUAACCUUUGCCCUGGCUCCAUUCAUUCAGUACCUGCUCGAUGAAUAUGGCUGGCAAGGCACAAUUCUCAUCCUGUGCGGAUUAACACUGCACCUGAUUCCACUGGGCAUGCUGAACCGUCCAAUUUACCUGAAGCAAGAUGUGGCCGAGGGUCGUGACUGGAGGCAAGGCCACCAGAAGAAGUCACGGCCCCUUGAAGAGAAAAAGGACUUGACCACUGAAGGAGAGUCACAGUUUCCAAUCAGUCACCACAACGAGCCUGUGAAAGGGUCUGGUCUCCCGACAUGGAAUGGACUAGAGGAACCUAACACUCUAUUACGUGAUGGGAAACAGACUGGUGAUCAAAACUAUUGCACUCCCAAUGACUUGUCUGUUUCGGAGCCCAGGGAGUUCUGCUUAUCUCAGGAGCCUGCUUUAUUAAGCCAGUUGCAUUCCACUCCCCAACCAGGCCGCAAAGUCCUAAAUGGAAGUUCAAAUCAAUUCCUGGCCACGGUCACCAUGCCAAAUGAUACGAGACACAAGGGCUUAUGCAGAGGAUUAGAUGGCCAACUGAAGUCCAUUUCUGUCAAUGUGAGAAACCUUAUUGAUUUGACUCUGCUCACGAACCCAAUGUUUAUUAUUUACACUUUAUGCACCUUCUUCAGUCAACUGGCCUACUUCAUACCUUAUUUUCAUCUGGUCGCUAAGGCCAAGGCUUUGGGUAUUGAGCCAUUCCAAGCCACCUUACUCAUUUCUGUCGCUGGAAUCGUUGAGAUUGUGGCUCAGCUCAUCUCUGGCUAUGUCGCUGACCGCAACUUCUUCAAGAAGUAUCAUUACCAUAAAAUCUACCUUCUGUUUUGUGGAGCUGUCAAUCUUCUGGCACCCCUAGCAAAAACUUUCCCAACACUCAUGGUGUACAUAGUGUUCUUUGCCAUGUUCUGUGGGGGUUAUCUGACCUUGUUGCUGCCAGUCCUGGUUGAUUUUAUUGGAAACCAUAGGAUACAGAAGGGAAUGGGGCUCUCUCAGUUCUUUGUAGGGAUUGGCUGUUUGAUAGGGCCGCCUGCUGCAGGCGCUCUACAUGACUUCACCAAAAAUUACGAUGCCUCAUUCCAGCUGGCUGGCUCUUGUUACUUUGUCUCAUUCUUCAUUUUGUUUUUUGUCCCACUGGCUGAGCAAAAACUGUCCAGGGAGGCUGGCAAAAGAAUCAAGGAUGACUCCAACAACUUGGCUGAAGAGGAUGUUCUCCCUCCAUGUCCCACCAUGAAGAAGGAAUACUUGCAGCUAGAAAGCAUGGUCUGA